ACCACAGUCGAUAGAGAUAAAGAAACCAGUCGAGAGAGUGGGAGAUUUCUGAUGUGAGAGUAGGAGGGAAAGAUUAGUAUUUGAUGUUGGAUUAGUUGGAAUAGAUAAUGGUAAACCGAGAGCACUGGAAUUUUUCGUUGUUGGAUUAGUUGAAGAACAGUUGAAGUUAAAGGGAGAAGGAGAAGAAGAAGGAAAACUGCAAAUCGAAGCAGCAUGGGUCUUCAAAAAGAGAGGGUUAAAGAAAGGAAUUUCAUGAUAUCCAUAAACAAUGGCACUUUGAAGGGUCAGAAUAUGUAUUUUUGUGGUGAAAGGCGUUUUUGUUAGUUUUCAUCAGUUUAAAGAUAUGGUAAAGGAUAAAUUGACAUGUUUGGGUCUGAAGCCAGAAUUUGGUGUGAAAAUAUAUUGGGAUUUAGAUUUGAUUGCUUGUGAAUUAGACUUUUUUGACAUGUGGAGAGAUGCAAAGCCUGAUCAAUGGGGGUAUGUUACAUUAACAGUUGAAAUCCUUGGUUCUAGUUGUGUUGAUAUGGGUGCUGGUAUUAGUAAUGUGUCAACACCAAAGAAUAAUAAUCCUCAGUUUGGAAAUAGUAUCAACAAUUCUUGCAAUAAGAGGCAGAGGAUAGAAAAAGAAAGAAAAGAUGGCCAAGGGCAAGCAGGUAUUAAAAUUGAAGGUCAUGAGAAUGCCACAAUGUCUGAACCAGUUCACCAUCGUCAGUAUGGAGAUCAGUUUAAUUAUUAUAAUCCUCAGUUUGCAGGUAACAACUUUGCGCAUUCUGUGCUGUCCUCCCCAAGUAUUCAACAUCAUCAGAAUAAUUAUCACUACCAAUUUGGUGGUUAUUCAGGGACGUUUCACCAACAGCAUCAGCAACAACCGCAUCAACAAUUUGAACAACAGCCGCAACAACAUUAUUACAUGAGCAAUAACAUUAGAAACAUCAACUAUAUAUACACAAAGCAAAUCAACAAAAGUGAACAACAGCACCAGCAAUUUGAACAACAGCAGCAACAACAUUAUUACAUGAACAAUAACAUUAGAAACAUCAACUAUAUACAUACAAAGGAAAUCAACAAAAGUGAAGACUCUGCCCCGAAGUAAAGUCAUUAUCUACAAAUCAAGAAUGCGCUCGAGUCUAAGUACAUCCUGUCUUAUAAUUGAUUUGGAUUUUUUUAGUUUCUUCUUUUACCUGUUUUGGCUUUAUCUAUUGAGUUAUAUGAAAUCCGAUUUUAUGCAAAUAUAUUGAACAUUUCAAAUGCUUCUUUUU